AUGGCUCUUCAUCGAGCACUUAUGCAGCUGGAUGUAGAUGCCAUGCGUACAUAUCGGUAUCCGCCAGAGUCUGAGACGUACGAAGUGCCAGAAACGACGAAGGAUGGUUCGACGAGAAUGCGCAGUAAUCUAGCUAUGCUGCCGCCGCCAUUCUUUAGUCGACAAGAGCUUCCAUUUCCGUUCGGAUACAGGCAGAAUCCCACAUCAAGUCUGCAGACCUUGUCACACGCAACCACAUCCAAACGAAGUCGUCGCACAGCACGGAAAGGUGAAGCUGAUACGGAGCCGAAGCACGGCGAUGACCGUGGACAGACUACGAUCACACGAUACAUCAACCGUGCACGGUGGCGAAACUUGGCGCCCAUUGCCAUCAAGUUCUCGGAUCCCGCUCCUGUUCCUACGAUGCCAGAUGCAUCGCUUGCCACCAUGCCUUUGUCUGAGAAGCAAAAGGCACAACUUGCCAUGCUGCAGGAACAGUGGCAGAAACGACCCAUCUGGUCGCGCCUGGCGCUUCUGAACCAGUUCUCGGAAGCAGACGCUCGUGCCAUCAUGCAAGUGAAGGAGCUAUUCGCUCUCGUUGCCUAUACCUUCGCGGAUGGUCCUUGGCGCGAUGCUCUUGUGCGUUUUGGCUAUGACCCACGCACAGACCGCCAAAGCCGCUUCUACCAACGCAUUCACAUGCGGGGUAAAGCACCGCGCGCGCCGACGACGCGUGGCUCUCUGAAAGCAGAGUAUGGCGAUACAGCCACGAGCGCCAGAAGCAGCCGUGGCGGUGGUAACGUCGGCUUUAGUUCAAAGCGUCCGCCGACGCACGUCUUCCAUGGCAAAACAACAACACUCCAUACUAGCACUUUCCAGUUAUGUGAUAUCACCGUGCUGUCGAUCGUGCCACUGAUCCACGCUGACGGCCCGUCGAAUUUGCUCCUGAGUCCCGACAUUUCUACGGGGUGGUACACACCUCAGGCGUGGGAAGCCAUUCGCACAAAAAUCUCAUCGACAUUCCAUGCUUUGCUGAAUGCAGCUGACGCUGACUCUGGCGCAGUGUCAUCGACACAGCUGGAAGAACACGAAAACGAGCCGACAAGCGACGGGGCAAGCGACGACGACAACUAUAGCAGCAGCAGUGACGACGACGACGAUGACGUCAACGACGUCGUCGACGUUGACACAUAG